UCCUGGUCUGGUCCUGGUCUAGUCCUGGUCUGGUCCUGGUCUUGUCCUGGUCUUGUCCUGGUCUUGUCCUGGACUAGUCCUGGUCUGGUCCUGGUCUGGUCCUGGUUUGGUCCUGGUCUGAUCCUGGUCUGGUCCUGGUCCUGUCUCUGUGAUGGAGGACCUGGAGAAGCAGCUGGUCUGUCCCGUGUGUCUGGAGCUCUUUUCUAAACCUGUGGUGAUUCUUCCCUGUCAACACAACCUGUGCCGCAAGUGUGCCAAUGACGUCUUCCAGUCUCGGGGUGCUGGGGUGUCCGGGGUGUCCAGGGUGUCCGGGGGCAGUGGGGGCAGGUUCCGCUGUCCUUCCUGUCGCCACGAGGUGGUGCUAGAUCGACACGGAGUCUACGGACUACAGCGCAACCUGCUGGUGGAAAACAUCAUCGACAUCUACAGACAACAAAACAGGCUCGGCUCUGGGCCCGGGCUCCUCCCCUCCCCCCUCAUCUGUCCGGAGCACCCAGAGGAACGCAUCAACAUUUACUGCUGCCUAUGCGAGACCCCCACCUGCUCUCUGUGUAAAGUGUUUGGACCACACAAGGACUGUGAGGUGGCCCCACUCGCAGAUGUCUACCAACAGAAGAAGUCUGAGUUGAGUGAUGGGAUUGCAGGGCUCGUUGCCAUUAACGACCACAUCCAGGCUUUGAUCUCUCAGAUGGAGGACAUCUGCAGGACUGUCGAGGAGAACAGCCGCUGUCGUCGGGAGCUGGUGUCUCAGAGUGUGGAGGGUUUGGUGCACAUCCUGGAGCAGAGGAAACAAGAGCUGAUCAGUGCCAUCACAGAGGAGCAGGACGAGAGGCAGAGGCACGUGCGUGCUCUUAUACGCGUGCACGGACAGUACCUCGGGGUGGGGGUGGCCCUGGUGGAGAGGGGCAUCCACAUCAUGGACCAGCCACACAUGGCCACCUUUAUACAGACGGCACAAGACAUCCUUGAAAAGAUGUCCGAGUCCAGUCGCGGGGCUGAGUUGCCGAGGCUGGAGCUGGGAUUUGAAAACAUGGGUCGUUUUUCUGUUGACAUCGAAAAUCUGAGCCAUAAACUGCAGAACAUCCACUUCUGUCAUGAAUCAGUGAAUUUUGAUGAUGAAGAGGAUGAAGAAGAGACAGAGUCUGACCCGGAUUCUCACAGACUCUAACCCACAACCGUCCGUCUGAACUCACAGUC